CUUUAAUGAUUUACCUGCAUGGCCACACCUGAUAUUCCACCCCCAAGGGGAAAAAGUUAAACAACAAUUGAAGUGGAAAAACUUUCGGCAGUACAUAGGCCUGCGAACUGUGAGAACACGAAUUAAAUACGGACUGAAAGAUGACACAGAGGAAUCCAUCAGUCAUGCAUAUCUGAACUGAAACUUUCACUGGUCAAGGCAAAACUAAUAAAGAUUUACACUGGCAGGAAGAACAAAGGAAUAUAAUGUGACCAUAGCUAUUGAAACUCAACCAAGACUACGUAGACUACCAGAGCCACUAGACGAACAAUUGUGUGAACGUUGGGUGCUAAACCAAUGUCUGAGUUCCUACCUUCAAACCUGGAGCUACUUAACAAGGCCUCAUUCAAAGGCCUUGCAUGGAGCGCAGAGGUAGCCUGGCCGAAAGAGAUGGAUCCUGAGAAAAAGAUGGAGAGAGAGGAGGAGGAGGAGAUGGUCAGCUCUGCAAAAUUUGAGCCAGCCACACUCCAGUGGCGGGAGGACCGAGACUCUGAAAAGGGGAGGGACAACGGAAGCGAGGUGACCGAGAAAGAGAAUGCGGGCGGCGAGGGAGAGUGCAGGAGCGUGCGGUCGGAGUGUCUCUCCCUCCACGGCGGCGAGAGCAGGACGGAGAGCGAGCUGGGAGGGGGCUCAGAGAAGGCCCGAGCGCCGGAGUCAUGGCUGGAGACGGAGAUGCCGAGAAAGAGAGGGGUGAAGGGACAGCUGGAGAUUGACGUGGAAGACGAGGAGGGGGAAGGAGGAAUGAACUCUUUGCCCGCGAAGGCUGCGCAGGUCUUCAAUCCGGCCAUCACCAUCUUGCACUCCUCCAGCGACCCGGUCUCUCCCAGAGAAAGUGAGACAUUCUGGAAUGCUGAGACGACAAAGACGCCGUUCCUCGGUCCCCAUGGAACCCCACCGGAUGUUUACUACCAGGACUGGGCCAUAGAAGGAGCCUCCCCGAAAUGGGGGAGUGGUUGUUGCAACAGAGACUCUCUGAAGAUGGGUGUGUCUGUGUCCACGGCUGCCCUGAUCUUCCCCCUGCUGGUGUGGGGGGGGUACGUCUUCCUCCCCUUUGACGCCCCGCUGCUCAACAGCUCUCCCCUCAGACUUGUGUACACCCUGCGCUGUUCCGUUUUCGCUGUGGUUCCCAUCGUACUGGGUUGGCUGGUGCUGGGCGUGAGUCGGCUGCGCCUGGGUGCGGUAAAGCCUCUGUGUGACGGCGAGGUGGAGGCCAGGGAGGUGGGCGUGCACCGCCGCUUUGUGGACGACUCCAUCUCCCUCUUCCUGCUCUACUUCCUGCAGCUGGCUGUCAUGGCGCCCUACCUUAGCCAGGAUCUGCUCAAACUGGUGCCCCUGCUUACCAUCAUUUUCGCUUUCGGAAGGCUGGUGUACUGGGCAGCAGCUGCCCUUGGCAGCAGCAUACGGGGCUUUGGUUUCGGACUGUCCUUCUUGCCCACCGUGGCCAUGCUGGGUGCCAACUUGUACUUCAUCUUCGCCAUGGAUGCAAAAGGCACCAUCUUUGCCCAGGAGGCCCAUGUACCCGACGAGUCACCCUCAUCCCCUCGCCAGAGAUUCUGGGGAUAGGAGGACGGAGAGGGAGGGAGAGAGGAGAGAUGGGUAAGAAAGGUAAAGAAUGGAAGGAACAGGGAGAGUGUCUUCCCAUGACCAGAAGAGGAAGUAGGGUGUGAAUGAAAUAGAUUGAGGAGAAGAAACAUGGCUGUAAAAUCUAGCAUGGAAAAAGGAUGGGAUGAUACUAACCUAGGUUUUGGAGGUUUCAUUUUAAUCAUAGACUUCCACUGAGACACAUAGAUUGUGAACUAUAGAGGGCUUUCCAAGAGAUCAGUAAGUUAAUAGUUAACCUGUUGGCAUCAGUUAGGCAAUGCUUCACAAAAUAGAUGUUGGCUCAUUUGGAACCAAGUAGCUUGGGUUAAUGUUGUAAUGUCAAUGCAAGACAACAGUUUGUGGUUUCACUCAAAAUUGUGCCACUUGGGGAAGUUUUGACAGGAUCCAAAAAACUGUUUCUGAAACUAAGGUUCCUGAAAGAUUCUACAGAUGGCGUAGGUGUUAUGAUCAUGUUAGAAAGUUUGUUUGUAUAAUACAGUAUCAGAUGUUAUAAUGGAACUGAAACUUGUGUUGCAAUAUUAUAUAUAAUUGGUUAGAAUAAUCUGUCAAGAAUAGUUUACAAGUCAACCCCUGCAUUGUAUGCAAAAGUGGUCAAGCUGUGACAUUAAUGAACCCCCUUUUUAUGUACAGUAACAAAAGACUUGACAUAGACAUUGCAUAAUGCAAGUACUCAGUCUUUUGACACAUUAAAGAAUGAGAAUAAUGCUUUUUAUUUAACUGAAAUACAUGAAAAUAAAUAAUAUUGCUUAUUUUUCUCUUACUUCAAAAGUAAACAUUUCCCAACAAUAACUACUAGUCUAGUGUUUUAGAAGAUAUAGCUAUGUUUAUAUUAAUAUCUGUGUGAACUAUUGCUUCACCAUAAAAUUCCAUAUUUCUGAAUGCAAAUGUAUUAAGCAGAUGUUAGUGUAUAUGAAAUAUCUGUCAGAUCAUAUCUGUGUUAUUUCUUGAUCUUCGCUAUACAUUUUAUAUUUUUGUAAUCCCAAACGCUUCAGUGACCAUAAAUAAUCUACAACAGUCUGAAAGUUUGUGUAGUUUUUGUUCCUUGUUUCCUGUUCGCCUUGUGUUUUUGGAUAAAUCCCAAUAAAAUUAUUCCUUCUUC